UUUCAGGUUCGCAGAACUUCUGCUAUAAUAUUAAUCCAGGUCUUGAACCGUCCUGCUGCAGCUGCUAUGGUGGCUCUUACAUUACUGCUGAGUGUAUACAUGUGGCGGUCAGCUGAAUGCUGCUGACUGUCACUUCCUGCAACUCUAGUGUUUCUGCUUAUGCUCUCCUGCUCCUCUCUCUCCCUGUGUGCAGACCUGCAGUGUAUAAAAGCCUCUGUGCUGAGGCUGCUGCUCUGCAGAGGAAAACUAAAGGAUCCAGAGGAACCAGAGAAGCGUUUGUCAUUUUCUAGCUGCCCAGAAAACCCAUAUUUAUCCAGUAACCAUGGCUAGAAACCUGCUAAAGAAUCCCAGUGGAAAUGAGCAGCUGGAAUCCUGGGAGCUGACAGAAAACGGUGGGAACCAGUGGAAAGUGGAGGACAUGCCAGGAGACUGUGGCCAUGACUUCUGCAAUGAAGAAGUGACCAAAUAUUUUGUGACUUCCUUUGAACUUUGCCUAAAACGGCAGGUGAUCGACCUGAUAGAGGAGGGUUACAGCCCAGAGCAGCUGGAUGCUCAGCCUCCUGUCACAGUGAAAGACUGGUUCUGUGGCAGGACCGACUGCGGCUGCACCUAUCAGAUGACAUCCUGUCUGCUGGAUGAGAAUCAAGAGGUUCUGCAGGAAUAUGUUCAUGAUCCAGAGACUCUGGACCCCGAGGCAGACUGCUCAUGGAGACAGGUCACUCAUACGUUUUCUGACUACGGCCCUGGAAUGCGUUUCAUCUCAUUCGAACAUGGAGGAUGUGACACCAGCUACUGGGAAGGUUGGUUUGGAGUUCGGGUCACUGGGAGCUCUGUGACGGUUGAAGUCUGAACCUGAGGAGAAACAAGAAGAGGAGAAUGGAAACAAGAAUAGCCAAGAAUAAAAUAUUAAAUUAUUCAUCUUAGUUUAUUUUAAAUACCGUAGCCAUUGCAGUAUUUCCAAAGCAGCUGUUUGAAAUCUUGAGGUUUAACCUGGUGCUGCUUUUGGUUCAAGAAACGAACGUUCACACAAAUAGGCACCUUCACUUUAUUAACCUUUAUAUAUUCGACCCACAGCUUGCUGGACUAACUUUAAAUUAGCCUCUAGCUACUCUUUGCACUAAUCAGCAAUCCUUCAAAUAUUAAUCACAGUAAUAAAAUAAAGUAUUGCGUGCAAUCCAGAAUGUGUUGACGUGUAAUGGUGGUUUAUUUUUCAUGGCAUUGAACUACUUCCAGCCACAUGGACUUCAGUAGGAUUUUAUGUGUUGGACCAACACAAAAUAGAGCUCAACUGUGAGAAAGAAGACAAAUGAUGUUAACAUGAAAUGAAGACUCCCACAGCACUGAAAGUGCAUGUAGCGGCAUGUUGCUAACAGCUAAUGAGAAAAAGAACAUCAACUGUAGCAACUUUUCUUUUUAUUUUCUUAUGUUUACAUGGUGGAGUGGAGAAAUAAACAACCGAACAGAUGGGAAUCUGAGCUCACACACAUCACACCCAAAGGUAGUUUAACGAGCCAAAUUAACCCAAUAGUAAUAAUGUAAUAGGAUAUAUAGUCAGAAUUCUAAUUGACAAUAUUUCUGUUCUGCUCCCUCAUUAAAUGAAAAGGAUACAAUUUAAAAUAUAAACUGAAUUUGUGAAAUGAAGAUUAGAUUCAGAUUGUGCUGACUGUAAUUUUUGUAACUCACGUUGAGCGUUUUCAAACAUUCUUUAUUUUGUGUGCGGUUGUUAGUGGGUUUGGAAAUUACUUUAAUCUGAAUAUAUUCAUUUUUCUAUAUUAGAAAAAUUCAUAAAAUUUGCAUUUAUGUAAAUAACUGGAGUUUAAUUGCAAUAUAUUUUAUUAAAAAAUGUCAACGUCUUGAAAUAGGCCCUAUAAAAAUGAUCACAGACAAGUUGAUUUGAGAGGAAUUUUACUUUUUUUUUUUUUUACAUUUUGAAAUAUUCAGAUUAAUGUAGCCCUGUAUUACUUAGUGCAUUUUCAACUUGAAUAAACUUCAGAGAACAUGUGAUAUAACCAGUUAUACGGUUGUAAUUAGUGAAGCUGGGAACGCACUACUUCACAGAUUUUGAAAAAACCUGGAGUUUACACCAAGAAAGGUGUCAGCAAUUUUUUGACAACAAAUAAAAUUGCUGACAAUUUUUCAGCAAUUUAAAAAUUGCUGAAAAAUGUUCCCAGUUAAAGGCAUAAACUAAGGAUUAUGCUUUUAACUGGACCUUUCAUUACAAUACAGAGAAAAUUUUUGAGCAUGUUUUAUGUUAUAGUUAGUAUUUGGAUUUUAAUUAUACUUUGCAAAAAAAAUUCUGAAAACAUGUUUUCAUUUCCAAAAUACUAUCAAAUCAUCUAAAAUGUUAUCAAGAAACAAAGUUCAUAAAAUAUCACACAUUAGAACAAACUUUAGUUUUUCAUUAAAUCAUUUUUUUAUAACACAACAUAGGUACAACAGAAAAUAUUAUUUAUAUUUAUAGUACAAAGUUUGUAACAACACAUGUCAACCAAAUAGUGAAAACUUUUUGGAAACAUUUAAGGUUUUACAGCCUUUGGCUGUUAGAACUUUGCAGACAGUAGUUCACAUUCUCAGGAAUCUGACGACAUCACUUUCUGAUUCCAAACUAAAACUGAAAUGUAACCUGGAAGCAUCAGUCUGGUAUCAUAGAGCAUCAAAAGUAAAAACUCAGAGAGGUAAAGGUCUUCCUGCUUUAAGUAAUGUCACAUCAAAUUAUUAACCUGAUCUUAAAUAAUUUGAUAACUAUUUAAAAGAAAAUCUAAAUUCUGCAAAAAAUACUCUGUGGUUUUAAGCUGCACGUUUGCAUCGACAGGCUUUAAUACAGUCAGAAAUAAAAACUACCUUCUUUGAUAAAAUGAAACAGAAAAUUACAUUUACAUUACUGUUGAAACUUCUGAUAGAGUUAACACAACCUGCCCACCCAUGACUCGAACAGAUAUGCAGGUUUAGACAACGGCUGGAAUCUAAUGUGAAUAGAAUAUAUGCUUCCAAUUACUUUUAUAAUUUAAUUAAAAUUCAAAUAAGCUGCUAUGCAAUAGUUGUGUACAUGGAAAUGAACUUGUUUCUCCACAUAAUGUGAAGAAGUAAAGAAUGAAACAGCAGCACAUGAAUGAAAAUGAA